AUGGCGGCGGCGGCGGGGAAUCGCGCCUCGUCCUCGGGAUUCCCGGGCGCCGGGGCGGCGAACCCAGAAGCGGGCGGCGGCGGAGGGGCCCUCAAGGCGAGCAGCACACCCACGGCAGCCGCGGGGCUGCUGCGGGAGGCGGGCAGUGGGGGCCGCGAGCGGGCGGACUGGCGGCGGCGGCAGCUGCGCAAAGUGCGGAGUGUGGAGCUGGACCAGCUGCCCGAGCCGCCGCUUUUCCUCACCGCCUCGCCGCCGUCCUCCUCCACUUCCCCGUCGCCGGAGCCCGCGGACGCGGCCGCUGGCGGGAGCGGUUUCCAGCCUGUGGCGGUGCCGCCGCCCCACGGACCGGGUGAGCAGGGCGGCCGGGGGCGCGGUGGGGACUUGGGGGGCGGGCGGGCGAGGUCAAUGAAUGAACCCCGGGCACCGCGCAGAGCGUCCCGGGGCUCCGCGCAGCGAGGCUGCACGCCGCUCGCCGGGAGCCCUAGGGCACCCCCUUUGACCCUUCCGGCGUCGGGCGGCGCCCCGGACCUGGCCUGGGGUACUGGACGGGAUGGGGGCCCGGGGCGGGGACUUGCGGGAGAGUUUGUUAUUGUUUGCAGACAUGUGACAGGCGUGCGAGCCGCGCUGCGAGUACCGGUUGAGAUAAGGUACCGGGGGCCGGGCUGGGACGAAGGCUGCGCGCCCGGUGGGGGGGCCGGAGCGCGGCGGAGAAAGCGGUGGGGUCCCCGCGGCUGUGACAGUCAGAGUCUCUCGGCAGGUACCGGGGGCCGGGCUGGGACGAAGGCUGCGCGCCCGGAGCGCGGCCGCAGGGGGCUCCGGGUGGACGGCUCCGUAACGUCUGUCAAAGAGGUGUGGGCUGACCGGCUGCAAAUGCUCGGGGGCUUGCGAUCUUUUAGGACGUGGGGUUUGCUUUUGGCGGAGUGGUGUAAGAGCCAGGACCGGAUGUGUCAGCCAUUCAGUUUCAAAGCGGUGGUGACUGCUCCCCGCAGCCUCUCCGGCGUGGUUGGGGACCGCGGCGCGGGUGCGGUACUUCCUGCUCCGUGCAGCUGCGCGGGCCGCCGCCGACUGCCGGCUUCCAGGGGACGCAGUGCUGUGGCUCCGGCUCCGUUAGAGCCGUACUGCCUGUGCGCUACGGUGUGUGUAAGAGGUACAGUCUCAGGAAAAUAUUUUGGUGCCAAGCAGUGUACAGUCAGCCCUCCAUAUCUGAGGUUGCAGAACUCGCAGGGGCAGCACAGGGUAGUGAUGAGGAUGCUGGACCCGAGGAGUCAGAUCCUUUUAGGCACUUACUGUCGCUGGACUCCAAAGAAGUCACUUAACUUCUCUGAACCUCACAUUUCUCAUCUUGAAAAUGGGAAUGACAUGAACACUAAAGUGACCUUCCUGCACCAGAUGUUCAGAGGAUUGCUUUCUGUCCAAGCCUUCCGGGUGGCUCUUGCAUUUUUCGACCCUCUUCCUAAUUGCUUGUUUAUCGAAUGUCCUCUGUGUGCCAGGGAACGUGCUGAGUUACUGUUUUCAUUCGGCUCUUCGGGGUUGCAGGGAAGAGACAUGUUAGGGUUUAUUUCAGUGCAAAAUAAAGGACCCGUGAAGUUUCUGCACAUACAUGUGGCCUCUGGAGAACAUGGUGAUUCACCACCUGGGGAGGGUGCCUUUUGUGGCCUGUCCAGGACAUUUGGCACUGAUGAUAGAAGAAUGAGUAAGAUGUGGCAGCCUGUCCCAGAAGAGCUCCCAGUGUGUCGUGAGAUGGAGAAUAAAGAAACUCUCAAGGGGUUGCACAAGAUGGACGAUCGCCCAGAAGAACGAAUGAUCAGGGAGAAACUGAAGGCAACCUGUAUGCCAGCCUGGAAGCACGAAUGGCUGGAAAGGAGAAACAGGAGAGGCCCUGUGGUGGUAAAACCAAUCCCUAUUAAAGGAGAUGGAUCUGAAAUUAAUACCUUGGCAGCUGAGUCUCAAGGAGAGGGCCAGGCAAGCGCUGCUUCCUCAGCUCCCAAAGGCCGACGCAGUCCUUCCCCUGGCAGCUCCCCAUCAGGCCGCACAGUGAAAUCUGAAUCUCCAGGAGUAAGGAGAAAAAAAGUUUCCCCGGUGCCUUUUCAGAGCGGGAGAAUCACACCACCUCGAAGAGCCCCUUCACCAGAUGGCUUCUCACCAUACAGCCCUGAGGAAACAAACCGCCGUGUAAACAAAGUGAUGCGGGCGAGGCUGUACUUACUGCAGCAAAUAGGGCCCAACUCCUUCCUGAUUGGAGGAGACAGCCCAGACAAUAAAUACCGGGUGUUUAUUGGGCCUCAGAACUGCAGCUGUGGGCGUGGAACAUUCUGUAUUCAUCUGCUAUUUGUUAUGCUCCGAGUGUUUCAGCUAGAACCUUCAGACCCAAUGUUAUGGAGGAAAACUUUAAAGAAUUUUGAGGUUGAGAGUUUGUUCCAGAAAUAUCACAGUAGGCGUAGCUCAAGGAUCAAAGCUCCAUCUCGUAACACCAUCCAGAAGUUUGUUUCACGCAUGUCAAAUUCUCAUACAUUGUCAUCAUCUAGCACUUCUACAUCUAGUUCAGAAAACAGUAUAAAAGAUGAAGAGGAACAGAUGUGUCCUAUUUGCUUGUUGGGCAUGCUUGAUGAAGAAAGUCUUACAGUGUGUGAAGAUGGCUGCAGGAACAAGCUGCACCACCACUGCAUGUCAAUUUGGGCAGAAGAAUGUAGAAGAAACAGAGAACCUUUAAUAUGUCCCCUUUGUAGGUCUAAGUGGAGAUCCCAUGAUUUCUACAGCCACGAGUUGUCAAGCCCUGUGGAUUCCCCUUCUUCCCUGCGAGCUGCACAGCAGCAAACCACACAGCAGCAUCCCUUGGCUGGAUCACAACGAAGGAGUCAAGAGAGCAAUUUUAAUCUUACUCAUUAUGGAACUCAGCAGAUCCCUCCUGCUUAUAAAGAUUUAGCUGAGCCAUGGAUUCAGGUAUUUGGAAUGGAACUCGUUGGCUGCUUAUUUUCUAGAAACUGGAAUGUAAGAGAGAUGGCUCUCAGACGUCUUUCCCAUGAUGUUAGCGGGGCUCUGCUGUUGGCAAAUGGGGAGAGCACUGGAAAUUCCGGGAGCAACGGCGGGAGCAGCCCAAGUGCUGGAGCUGCCAGUGGGUCUUCCCAGACCAGUGUCUCAGGAGAUGUGGUGGAGGCAUGCUGCAACGUUUUGUCAAUGGUCUGUGCUGACCCUGUCUACAAAGUGUACGUUGCUGCUUUAAAAACGUUGAGAGCCAUGCUAGUAUAUACUCCUUGCCAUAGUUUGGCAGAAAGAAUCAAACUGCAGAGACUUCUCCGGCCAGUUGUAGACACCAUCCUAGUCAAGUGUGCAGACGUCAAUAGUCGCACAAGUCAGCUGUCUAUAUCAACGCUAUUGGAAUUGUGCAAAGGCCAAGCAGGAGAGUUGGCCGUUGGCAGAGAAAUACUUAAAGCUGGAUCCAUUGGUAUUGGUGGUGUUGAUUAUGUCUUAAAUUGUAUUCUUGGAAACCAAACUGAAUCAAACAACUGGCAAGAACUCCUGGGCCGCCUUUGUCUCAUAGAUAGACUGCUGUUGGAAUUUCCUGCUGGAUUUUACCCUCAUACUGUCAGUACUGAUGUUUCACAAAUUGAAUGUGUUUUUUCUUUCAGGUAUAAGAAGCUGCUGUCCCUCUUAACCUUUGCUUUGCAGUCCAUUGAUAAUUCCCACUCAAUGGUUGGUAAACUCUCCAGAAGGAUAUAUUUGAGUUCUGCAAGAAUGGUUACUGCAGUACCCCAUGUAUUUUCAAAACUGUUAGAAAUGCUGAAUGUUUCCAGUUCUACUUAUUUUACCAGGAUGCGUCGUCGUUUGAUGGCUAUUGCAGAUGAGGUGGAAAUUGCUGAGGCCAUCCAGCUGGGCAUAGAAGACACUUUGAAUGGUCGACAUGACAGCUUUUUGAAAGCAUCAGUCCCUAACAGCUGUCCAGAAGCCACAGAGAACAGUUACUUUGAGCGCACAGACCAUUUAGAGAAAACUGGAAAAGGAUUGUGUGCUACAAAAUUGAGUGCCAGUUCAGAGGACAUUUCUGACCGACUGGCCAGCAUUUCAGUAGGACUUCCUAGUUCAACAACAAUGGAGCAGCCAAAGCCAAUGGUUCAAACAAAAGGCAGACCCCACAGUCAGUGUUUGAACUCCUCUCCUUUAUCUCACCAUUCCCAACUAAUGUUCCCAGCCUUGUCAAGCCCUUCUUCAUCUGCCCCAUCUGUACCACCUGGCACCGUAACAGAUGUCUCUAAGCACAGACCUCAGGGGUUUGUUCCCUGCAAAAUACCUUCUGCAUCUCCUCAAACACAGCGCAAGUUUUCUCUACAGUUCCAGAGAAACUGUUCUGAAAACAAAGAUUCAGAUAAACUUUCCCCAGUCUUUACUCAGUCAAGACCCCUGCCCUCCAGUAAUAUACACAGGCCAAAGCCAUCUCGACCUACCCCAAGUAAUACAAGUAAACAGGGAGAUGCCUCAAAAAAUAGCAUGACACUUGAUUUGAACACUAGUUCCAAAUGUGAUGAUGGCUUUGGCAGCAGCAGCAAUAGCAGUAAUGCUGUUAUACCUAGUGACGAGACAGUGUUCACCCCAGUAGAGGAGAAAUGCAGAUUAGAUGUCAAUACAGAGCUCAACUCCAGUAUUGAGGACCUUCUUGAAGCAUCUAUGCCUUCAAGUGACACAACAGUAACUUUUAAGUCAGAAGUUGCUGUGCUGUCUCCUGAAAAGGAUGAAAAUGAUGAUACCUACAAAGAUGAUAUGAAUCAUAAUCAGAAGUGCAAAGAAAAAAUGGAAGCUGAAGAAGAAGAAGCUUUAGCGAUUGCCAUGGCAAUGUCAGCAUCUCAGGAUGCCCUCCCCAUAGUUCCUCAACUACAGGUUGAAAAUGGAGAAGACAUCAUCAUCAUUCAAAAAGAUACACCAGAGACUCUACCAGGACAUACCAAAGCAAAACAACCUUAUAGAGAAGACACUGAAUGGCUGAAAGGUCAGCAGAUAGGCCUUGGAGCAUUUUCUUCUUGUUAUCAGGCUCAAGAUGUGGGAACUGGAACUUUAAUGGCUGUUAAACAGGUGACGUAUGUCAGAAAUACAUCUUCUGAGCAAGAAGAAGUAGUAGAAGCAUUAAGGGAGGAGAUAAGAAUGAUGAGCCAUCUGAACCAUCCAAACAUCAUUAGGAUGUUGGGAGCCACAUGUGAGAAGAGCAAUUAUAAUCUCUUCAUUGAAUGGAUGGCAGGGGGAUCUGUGGCUCAUUUGCUCAGUAAAUAUGGAGCCUUCAAGGAAUCAGUAGUUAUUAACUAUACUGAACAAUUACUUCGUGGCCUUUCAUAUCUCCAUGAAAACCAGAUCAUUCACAGAGAUGUCAAAGGUGCCAAUUUGCUAAUUGACAGCACAGGUCAGAGACUGAGAAUUGCUGAUUUUGGAGCUGCAGCCAGGUUGGCAUCAAAAGGAACUGGUGCAGGAGAGUUUCAGGGACAAUUAUUGGGGACAAUUGCAUUUAUGGCACCUGAGGUCCUAAGAGGUCAGCAGUAUGGUAGGAGCUGUGAUGUAUGGAGUGUUGGCUGUGCUAUUAUAGAAAUGGCUUGUGCUAAACCACCUUGGAAUGCAGAAAAACACUCCAAUCAUCUUGCUUUGAUAUUUAAGAUUGCCAGUGCAACUACUGCUCCAUCAAUCCCUUCACAUUUGUCUCCUGGUUUACGAGAUGUGGCUCUUCGCUGUUUAGAACUUCAACCUCAGGACAGACCUCCAUCAAGAGAGCUACUGAAGCAUCCAGUCUUCCGUACUACGUGGUAG